GCGGGGCCCCGGUGACUGAGACGGCCAAGACAGGAGGCGCUCCGUAUAAAAGGAGAAAGGAGAGACAAAAGACAGGGCCAAACGAACAAGAUAAACUGUUUAAACUGUUUAAACGGAGCGACGACCACACAGUGACGACGACUAUAAGACGAAGACGAUCGAAUAAUUAAAAUUUUUAAUUCUAUCUCAUUAUUUUCGCUUCUUUUCUUUUUCUCUUGCCUUUUCUGAGACUAUCGGCGAUCAAAGUGCGCGAAACGCCGCGAACUCGACCGAUUUCUACCCAUUGAGGGUGGAACAAACGAAUUUCUAUUUUGGAUACCUACCAGCUCGGUUCAAGCUCGGCAAGAAUCCUGAGAAGCGAAGAGCGAAGAAGAGAGCUUAGGUUGGAUGGUGCCGCGGGUCGGUGCCGUUUAAACCGUUUUCGAGAGGACCGAAUAGAUUUUCCUACCGAAAGAAAGAGAAGAAGAAAAUCAGCGAGAGAGUUCUCGAGUUCGAAAGGGUGUUAGGGUGGCGUGCCACCCGAGAAUUUGGCGGUAAAGGGCGGUGCGAAGGCGGCCCGACACCAUGGGGGUCGCCGACGAUUUCGCGCCGAGCUUCACCCAGAAGCCGCAACUCCGGCAAGAAGACGACGGGAACCGGUUGAUAUUCGAGUGUCAGCUAAUCAGUUCGCCGAAACCGGACAUAUCUUGGUAUCGUAGCGACACAGAGCUUAGCCAAGAUGCUAGGACCAAGUUUCGAAUGCAGAGCAUCGGCACGAACAAGUUCCUCGUCGUCUUGGAGCUCGACGACGUUAUCGAAACGGACGCGGGACUGUACAAGGUCAAGGCCAAGAACAAGAUGGGCGAGGUCGCCGCUUCGAUUAACCUGAACUUUAGCCCUGCGGAAGAACCAGAUAGAGAAGGACAAAUCGAUGGUAUCGCGCCAACUUUUGCGAAAAAGCCUGCUAUUAGACAAGAAGACGAUGGUAAACGAUUACUUUUCGAAUGUCGCAUCACAGCCGAUCCGACGCCAAAAGUUACGUGGUUUCACGAUGGAAAUAUGGUUAAAGAUUCACCGAGGCAUAAGCUCACCGUUGACAAAGACGGCCACUCGUACUUUGCGACUUUGGAAAUCAAAAAUGUGACUGUAGAGGAUGCUGGCAAAUAUAAAGUCACCGCGAAGAACGAGCUCGGCGAAUCUAAUGCUACUAUUUCCUUAAACUUCGAUAGCGACGAGGCACCCGUACCCGACGACGGUAUUAAACCGACCUUCACCGAACGACCGGUGAUCAGGCAAUCAGACGACGGUAACACCAUCACCUUCGAAUGUCGAUUAGUUGGCGACCCAAAACCGAGCGUCAAGUGGUAUCACGGUAGCGAGGAGGUGAAAGAAGGAGGAAGAAUCAGCAUGUCGCUGGAACUCGAUCAGAAAUUGUACCAUCUGGUCAGAUUAAAGAUCGACAACGUGGCGAAGGGGGACGCAGGCGAGUACAGAGCGGUCGCGAAGAACAAACACGGCCAGGGAGUGGCAACGAUCAAUCUAAACUUCGAGGGGGGCGAUAAAUUAAAAAUACCGGACGGUAAGCCGCCGCGUUUCCCAAAGAAGCCAACAAUUCGACAAGAAGGAGACAUCCUGAUCAUGGAGUGCGUGUUGGAAGCGCACCCGGUGCCGGAGAUAACCUGGUACCAGGGCCAGAAAUCGAUCAGCGACAGCAAACGCGUGAAGAUGUCACGCAAGGCAACCGGAAAGGACACUUACUUGCUCACGCUCGAGAUUUCGAAUCCGACCAAGGCUGAUGGUGGAAAUUAUCGAUGCAACGCGUUUAACAACUUUGGCGAAAGUAACGCCAACAUCUCCCUCAAUUUCCAAGAAGAAGGACCUGGUUUCGCACCGACGUUCGUCGAGAAACCCCGCAUCAUUCCGAACGAAACCGGUACCUUGAUCACGAUGAAGUGCAAGUGCAAGGCCAAUCCAAAGCCUGAGGUUACGUGGUUCCGCGGUAACAACGUCGUCAAGGAAUCGUCCAAGAUCUCGAUCAAGACGAAGACCGUGGAAGAGGACGUUUACGAAUUGAUCAUGGAGAUUAAAGAUCCCUCCGCACCGGAUGGUGGUACUUACAGGUGUCACGUGAAAAACGAAUACGGCGAAAGUAAUGCAAACUUGAAUUUGAACAUCGAGGCUGAGCCCGAACCGGAAGGAGACGGACCGACGUUCGUCGAGAAGCCACGUAUUCAGUCUCAGAAUCAGGGUAAAUUAGUGAUCAUGGAUUGCAAAGUAAAGGCGAAACCAAAACCGGAAAUCGUGUGGACCCACGCUGGUUCGGUGGUAAAAGAAUCCUCGAAGAUCUCGAUCAGCAUCGUUCAAGAAAAAGAAGAUAUAUAUUAUAUUAAACUGUCCUUGAACGAUCCUGGUCCAGAAGAUUCGGGUCUUUAUAAAUGCAACAUCAAGAAUGCUCUUGGAGAACUAAACGCCAAUCUAACGCUUAACGUUGAAAUUAUACCCGUGAUCAAAGAAAAACCGAAAGUCGUGAAAAUCGUAAAAAAGAAAACGGUUAUAGUCGAGUGUCACGUUCUUUCCAAGUUCGCGCCAGAUUGUACCUGGUUCAAAGAAACGCAAGCGGUGAGAGAGGACACCAGACACAAAGUGCACGUCGAACAAGUGAAAGAGGGAGAAUUUGCUGUCAAAUUAGAAAUCGAACAAGUGUCAUCCUCUGACAAAGGUGUCUACAAAUUAGUAGCACGCAAUGAGAAAGGUGAAGCAACGUCCCAAGUUGUGGAGGUUACAGAAAUUAUGGAAGAAGGCGAGAAGCCCAAAAUAGCGUCCGGUUUGAAAUCGGCGACGAUCGAGGAAGGCAAAUCGAUCGAAUUUGUCGCUAGCCUCUCGAAACAAGACCGCAAAGUAACUAUCACCUGGUAUAGAGAUACCACGGUAGUUAAAGCUUCCAAGGACAUCAUGAUAUCCUUUAAUGGUACCGACAUGAAACUGAAUAUCACAUCUGCUACCACUUCCUUCUCCGGAACUUACAAAGUCGUCGUCACUAACGAAUACGGCCAAGACGAGUCAUCUGCCCGAUUGGUCGUUAAGCAAAAAGAAGAAAAGAAAGAGGAAGAAGAGGAGGAAAAGAAAAAGAAGAAGGUUGAAAAGAAGAAGGAAGAGGAAAAGAAAGAAGAAAAGAAGGAGGAGAAGAAGGAAGAGAAAAAGGUGGAGAAGAAAGAAGAAAAGAAAGAGGAGAAGGUAGCAAAUAUUAAAGCGGAAGUUAUUCAGAAGAAACCGGAGGAGAAAAUUGAAGAAAAGAAGGAAAUAGAAAAGAAAAAGGUCGUGAAGAAGGCAGAAGAAAAGAAGGAGGAGAUAAAAGCAGAAAAAACGGUAGCUCGUAAGCAGUCCGUCAGUAGGAUCGAAGAAUUGCGAACAGAAAGUCGAAGAAGUUCAUUGGUAUCCACUGAGGAAAAGACUGAAGAGGAAGUUAAGACGGAAAGUCGACGAUCUUCCAUCAUUGGACAGAAAGUGACGACAGAAAAGAAAGCGGAAGCGGUCAGUAAAACCAAGAUUGUCGGAAAGGAAGAAAAGAAGAAAGAGGAACCCGUCACGAAACCGAAAACUACACUUGGCAAACCCGAGGAGGCAAAGAAGGAAGAACCCGUCACGAAACCUAAAACUACACUUGGUAAACCCGAGGAGGCAAAGAAGGAAGAACCCGUCACGAAACCUAAAACUACACUUGGUAAACCCGAGGAGGCAAAGAAGGAAGAACCCGUCACGAAACCUAAAACUACACUUGGUAAACCUGAGGAAGCUAAGAAGGAAGAACCCAUGAAACCUAAGUCCACACUUGGUAAACCUGAACCACCUAAGACCGAGGAAGCCAGGAAGCUCAGUCUCAAACCUGGAACAAAGCUAGAGGCAGAAACCAAGACGUUGAACAAAGUAGAGCUGAAACCAACGACGAACAAGGCUGGCGAGGAGAAAUCAGGACUACGUAAACCGCCAAAAUACGAAAUUAAAGCAGAGAACUUUCAAUUUGUUCAACUCAAACCGGUUGCCAGGGAGCCUAAAAAGCCUCAACAGGCUGAAAAUGGAAAUGUGGUCGAGUUGAAGAAAACCGAGAAGGUCGAGAAGGUUGAAACUAAGAAAGCAAAAACCGCCAAGUCUUCGAAGGAGAAGAAUUACGAGCUUCCAGAGAUUCCAGAUUACGAAAGACCUGUGUUGGAGAAGCCUCGAGAGUUUGAUUUCGGCGAACAUGUACCUCGCGACAAAACAAAGCUCGAUAGACCGGCCACUCAGAAAUUCGAUUCUAAGCCGAAGGUGCCAGAGAUCAAAGCACCCGAGACACCGAAGAUCGAAGUUAUCAAAGACGUAACACCGACUGGAAGCAGAAAGAGUUCUCUAAUACCUGGCAGUGGUACUACCAGUCGACGCGGCUCCUUGAUUCCACCGGAAGAAUUGGGUCGCAGGCCCAGUCUUAUCAUCAGUGACGAGGAGAAUAGGAAGCUGCGACCUGGCGAGGUGGUGGACGAGCGCAAGUUGGGAAGGUUACGCCCCGGCGAGGUGUUGGAGUCUAAGCGUCGUCGUCCGAGCACGGACGUUAGAAGACCCAGCGUGGCGGACCUCGAGAAUAAGAUCAAUCAGCCGAGCACACCUCUUCGAGAUGUCGGACCACCGGGACCACCUCAGAUCGUCGAUGUCCAGGAAUCUUAUUCCGCCGUCGAAGACUCGACGGCGUACCUCACGGUGGGAGUGGAGGGUACGCCGGCACCGACCUUCAAGUUCUACAAGGGCAUCACCGAGAUCAUCGAAGGUGGUCGAUUCAAGUUCCUUACGGACACGGAGACCAAUACGAUCACCCUCUGCAUGAGGAAGACGAAGCCCAACGACGAGGGUACUUACAAGAUCGUCGUGAGCAACAUCCAUGGCGAAGAUUCGGCCGAGAUGCAGCUCUAUGUUUCCGACGCCAGUGGUAUGGACUUCCGUGCUAUGCUGAGAAAGAGAAAGUAUCAGAAAUGGGCGAGAGAGGAACAAGAACAAGAAAAGGUAGACCUGAAGGAAGUUGAAAAACCAAUGCCAGCAUUGAAGAAGGUGGAGAAGAAACCGGAAAGCUUCCUAAAACCACUGGUGGAUCAAUACGCCAAAGAAGGCAAAGACAAGAAGGUCGUAUUCGAGGCGAACUUCUCGAAACCGAACUGCAAACCAAAAUGGUUCUUCCGAAAAGACGAACUAUUCCCUUCAGCCAAGUACAAGUUCAAGAACGAAGAGGACUGCUACCAGCUGAUCAUUCUCAAUCCGAAAGUCGAAGACACAGGCAAAUACACCAUCGAAAUUUCUGGUGUUUCGAGCACAGGUUUCCUCAAUGUCGAAGAACCGGACCCAACAUAUACGUUUACCAAACCUCUUGCAAAGAAGUCGAGCGGUUAUACCAAGCACGAAGUGUAUAUGGAAUGUACCGUCAGCUCGAACUUGGCUCAGGUUUCAUGGUACAAAGGAAAAACCAAACUCGAGGAUGGUGAUACGUACAGCAUAUCAAAGGACAUGAGUGGCGUUUGCCGAUUGACCAUAAAGAGCGCUACCCUCGAAGACAGUGGCGAUUACGUUUGUAAGAUUAGCAAACAAACCGACAAGACUGAAACGACUCUGACCGUAAUCGAAUAUCCGUACAAGUUCGUGAAGGUACUGAAGCAUCAACAGCUCGUAGAGAAGGAAACAUUAACCCUGGUCUGCGAGUUGGACGAUGCUGCUGGCGAAGUUAAAUGGUUCAAAGGUGACCAGGAGAUCGUAGCUGAUAAGAGGGUACAGAUCAAAGAAGAAGGCAGAAAGAGAAAGCUCAUCAUCAAAGAUACAAAAGUUACCGAUGCUGGUCUUUACUCCUGCGUGAGCAACGCCGACAAAACGGAGGCUGAAAUAGUUAUAAACUAUGCGAACCGUUUCAACAAGAAACUAAAGGACACAGUGGCUGUGGAAAGAGAAAAGUUGGUGCUGGAUGUGGAACUUCAAGAUCAAACGGCGCCAGCCGUGUUCUUUUUCAAUGGCAAUCCGAUCGAACCGAACGAGAGGGUCGAGGUGAAGAAUUUAGGCGGUGGCAAACACCAGUUGAUCUUCAACAAGGUAGAAAUGAGCGACGACGGUGAGAUCACUUGCGAGAGUGGACAGUUGAAGAGCAGCUGUAAGCUCACGGUUAAAAAAGGCGAGAGCAAACCUAUCUGUGAAGUUCCUGACAAAGUUGAAGGACCUUGCAGCGCACCACUCGUUUUCGUUGUUCCUUUCAAAAUCGAAGGCACGAAACAAAGCCAGGUAGAAGCUAAACUGAUGAAAGAUGGUAAACCACUACCAUUGAAGGAAGUAGAGGUGGUCGUAGGCGAAGACAAGAUCACCUUCAAGAUCAAGAAACCUUCUCGCGAUCAAUCUGGUAUUUACCAGAUUAAGAUUGGUAAUAGCCAGGGAGAAGAAGUGAAGGAUGUGAAUAUUAACAUGCAAGACGUGCCAUCGGCGCCCACCGACGUUGACGUAAACGAGAUCUUCCAAAAUUCCUGCGUGGUAUCUUUCAAGCCAUCGAAAGACGAUGGUGGAUCUCCUAUCACGAAAUACGUGAUCGAACGUCUCGAUCUCAGCUUAAAGGCGCAAUGGGACAGCGUUGGCGAAGUUAUGCCUGGCGAAAAGUGCGUUUACAAGGUUCAAGAUCUCGUCGCAAAGAAAGAAUACAAAUUCCGCAUCAGGGCAGUGAACAAACUCGGUUCCAGCGAACCUGCGAUGUUCGCGAAACCUGUUCUCGCUAAAGAUCCUUGGGACGAACCAGGUAAACCAACAAACGUGGACGUUACCGAUUGGGACAAGGAUCAUGCCGACUUGAAGUGGACAAAACCAGACAAUGACGGCGGAGCACCUAUCACUGGUUACGUAAUUGAAUACAAAGAAAAGUUUGGCAAGGAAUGGGUAAAGGGUAAAGAAAUCGAAGGAGACGUGACGGAAGGAACCAUCGACGGCUUAAAAGAGGGUACCCAAUACGAAUUCAGGAUCAGAGCCGUGAACAAAGCUGGUCCUGGUGAACCUUCGGACGCCACGAAACCAAUCAUAGCCAAGUGUCGGUUCGUCAAGCCCUACAUCGUCGGCGACGGUCUCACGAACCUGAUCGUUAAGAAAGGACAAGUUAUCAAGUACGAUAUUAAAUAUGCUGGAGAACCUGAACCAGAAGUGCACUGGUUCCUUGGAACAAAAGAACUCGUCCAAGAUUCAGCUGAGAGACUUACGAUCGACAAAUAUGAGAGGAACACCGUACUCACCGUUAGAAAGACGACUCGGCCAGAUUCUGGCAAAUACAAACUGGUCCUGACGAACAGUUCUGGAACCUGUGAAAGCACCGCAGACGUCGUUGUUCUCGACAAACCUUCGAAACCGAAAGGUCCAUUGAAAGUGGAGGAAGUGCGCUCCGAUCACGUUAAGGUGAAAUGGCAGAAACCGGAAGACAAUGGUGGUACUGACAUCACCGGCUACGUUCUGGAGAAAAUGGACAUGGACACGGGACGAUGGAUUCCUGCCGGAGAAGUAGGACCUAACGAAGACAAUUUCACUUUUAGCGGACUAACUCCUAAAAAGAAGUACAAGUUCCGUGUAAAAGCUGUUAAUAAAGAGGGUGAAUCCGAACCACUCGAGGUGGACGAAGCAAUUCUCGCUAAAAAUCCUUAUGACGAGCCUGGUAAACCGGGUAAACCGGUGAUCUUCGAUUACGACAACGUCAGUGUGACCCUGAAAUGGGAGAAACCGGAAAGCGACGGUGGUAGACCGAUCACUCAUUACAGCGUCGAGAUGAAAGAUAAAUUCGCAGUCGACUGGGUCGAAGUAACGAAAACUACCGACGCCACUCCUGAAGCAAAGGUCGAGGGUCUCAAGGAAAAGAUGGUUUAUCAGUUCCGAGUCCGUGCCCAUAAUAAAGCAGGUCCUGGUGAGCCUAGCGAACCUACGGACAACCAUCUUUGCAAGCACAAGAAUCUGAAACCAAGAAUCGACAGAACCAAUUUCAAAUCCAUAAUCAUCAAGGCUGGUCGUACUCACAAAUGGUCCGUGGACAUCAGCGGAGAGCCACCACCAGAAGCGAAAUGGAUCUGGAGAGACAAUAUUCCGCUAACGACCACCGAACGCAUCAAGAUCGAGAACGUCGACUAUCACACGGACUUUACGAUCGUGAACGCGAUGCGCAAAGACACUGGAAAAUAUACCCUGAUCGCUGAGAAUGCUAACGGCAAAGACGAAGAAACCGUAGAACUUACGGUGCUCGGAAAACCAAGCCCGCCAAAGGGUCCUUUGGAAGUGACGGACGUUACUGCCACUUCGGCCAAAGUCAAGUGGGAGAAGCCAGAAGACGACGGUGGUGUUCCCAUCAAAGAAUACGAGAUCGAGAAGUUGGAUACGAAAACUGGCAAAUGGGUCAGGGUGGGAAAAAUUCCAGGAACCUCGCCGCUUACGGAAUUCGAGGUAACCGGCUUGAACCCAGGCAGCGAGUACAAAUUCCGCGUUACUGCUGUCAACGAUGAAGGUGAUUCUGAACCUCUCGAAAGCGAACGCGGAAUCAUCGCUAAGAAUCCAUAUGAUGAACCUCACAAACCAGGAACACCAGAAAUCACUGAUUACGACAACGAGUCUGUCAGUUUGAAGUGGACCGCUCCGGACAGCGAUGGUGGUGCACCGAUCGAAAAGUAUAUAAUCGAGAAGAAAGAUCGCUAUAAACCAGACUGGGAGAAAGCUAUGGAGGUUCCUGGAAAUCAACUCGAAGCCAAAGUUGCUGACCUGAAGGAACGAGGAGAAUAUCAAUUCAGGAUUAUCGCUGUGAACAAAGCUGGCCCGUCUCCGCCGUCUGACGCUUCGAAGAUGCAAAUUUGCAAACACAAAUCUCUGAAACCGAGAAUCGACCGUACAAACUUGAAACCCAUUACCGUAAGGGCCGGCAAGACGAUCAAGUACGAUGUAGACGUCCGUGGUGAACCACCACCAGAGAUCACCUGGUAUCACGUCAACCAGGAGGUGAAAAGCGGUGAAAAUAUUGAAAUCGUCAACGUUGAUUAUAACACGAAGAUCACUAUUACCGACUGCUUACGCAAGAACACUGGAGUUUGGAAGAUUAAAGCUGUAAAUCCUCAUGGCGAAGACGAAGCCGAAGUUGAAGUUAUCAUACUUUCGGCACCCGGAAAACCAAAGGGUCCUCUGAAAGUGUCCGAUGUAACAAAGAAUGGAUGCAAGUUGAAAUGGGACAAACCGGAAGACGAUGGUGGAAAACCAGUGACCAGUUACCAAGUCGAGAAGCUGGACAAAUCAACCGGAAGAUGGGUUCCAGUUGGACGUACUUCUGACACCGAAAUGGACAUUAAGGGCCUUCAGGAAGGCCACGAAUACGAGUUCAGAGUGAAAGCUAUCAACGAAGAAGGCGAAUCCGAACCAUUGGUCACCGAUGGCACGAUUCUCGCAAAGAAUCCUUACGACGUGGCCAGCAAGCCUGGUGUACCAGAGUUCGAGGACUGGGAUGUGGAUCGCGUCGAUCUGAAGUGGGAACCACCAAAGAACACCGGAGGUGCACCGAUUACUGGUUACAUUAUUGAGAUGAAAGAGAAACCAUCCACGCAGUGGCAGGAAGCUACCGUGACUGAAUCAUCGCAGCCGAAAGGGCGCGUUACCGGAUUGAAGAAAGGCUCCGUUUAUCAAUUCCGUGUCCGAGCUGUUAAUAAAGCUGGACCAUCCGAACCUAGCGAUUCAACGAAACCGCAUGUUGCAAAGGCACGACACUUAAAACCACACAUCAACCGUGAGAAACUGCAAACGAUUAAAGUUAGAGCUGGGCAAAUGGUGAGGCUGGAAGUGGACAUCGAAGGUGAACCACCUCCAACUGUUACCUGGAACUUUGCUGGUGCUGUCCUGCAGACUGGCGCCAACGUAAAGAUCGACAACGAAGAUUAUCUUACAAAAAUUCAUCUAACCCAGACUAGUCGCAAAAACAGCGGCAAAUACACCAUCAAAGCUGUGAAUGAUUCUGGAGAGGACGAAGCUGACGUGGAAAUUAUCAUUCUCGAUAAACCUGGAAAGCCCGAAGGUCCUCUAGAAGUGACAGACGUUCACAAGGAAGGAUGCAAGCUGAAAUGGAACAAACCAAGAGACGAUGGUGGUUUACCUUUGUCCAGUUACGUGAUCGAAAAAAUGGACGUGACCACAGGACGCUGGGUACCAGCUGGAGUCGUAGAUCCUGAUAAAACAGAGCAUGCAAUUACCGGUUUGGAACCGGGUAAAAAAUACGAGUUCCGCGUGAAAGCUGUAAACGAGGAAGGAGAGUCGGAGCCAUUGCAAACAGAUACCGCCAUCAUUGCUAAAAAUCCAUAUGACGCUCCUGCCGCUCCUGGUCUUCCGGAGAUCAUCGACUGGGCCGAGAACAUGGUCAAGCUUAAAUGGGAACCACCUAUACGAGACGGCGGCGCUCCCAUUACCGGUUACAUUAUCGAGAUGAAAGAUAAGUUUGGUAACACAUUCGUGAAAGCUGCCGAAGUUCAAGGUCCGGUUUGCACCGGAACUGUGACUAGAUUAGAAGAAGGAAAUCAAUAUCAAUUUAGGGUUCGAGCAGUAAACAAAGCCGGUCCCGGUGAACCCUCCGAAGCUACCAAUCCUCACACUGCCAAAGCUCGUUGGUUGAAACCGUUCAUCGACCGUACCAAUUUGCAACCGAUAACGGUCAAAGUUGGUCUUACCGUGACUCUGGACGUGAAUAUCAUCGGAGAACCUCCUCCAAAUGUAACCUGGUAUUUCGGCGAUAAAGAACUCACGUCCGACGAUACAAUACGAAUUGACAAUAUCGAUUACAACACUAAAUUCUUCAUCUUGAAAACCAAACGAACUCAAACAGGAAAGUACGUAAUCAAAGCGAAGAACGAAGUCGGCGAAGACUCAGCGGAAGUCGAGAUAUUGGUCAUUGGUAGACCGAGCAAACCAAAGGGCCCUCUAGAAGUGUCCGAUGUUCAUAAACACGGUUGCAAGCUAAAAUGGGAGAAACCCGAAGACGACGGUGGUGUACCAGUCGAAUACUAUGAAAUCGAAAAGUUGGAUCCUCUUACCGGCCAAUGGAUUCCUUGUGCGAAGUCCACUGAACCAGAAGUCGCGGUGACUGGACUUCAGGAAGGGAAACCCUACAAAUUCCGUGUGAAGGCAGUAAACAGAGAGGGCGAAUCAGACGAAUUGGAAGCAGACAAAUCCAUUAUUGCCAAGAAUCCAUUCGACGAACCUGGCAAACCUGGUCGUCCAGAAAUCAAGAACUGGGACAAGGACUUUGUCGAUCUUGAAUGGACGGCGCCUAAAGAUGACGGCGGAGCUCCAAUCGAAAAGUACAUUGUGCAAAUGAGAGAUAAGGAAGGAAGACAGUGGAUAGACGUUGCAAAGGUUCAAGGAGAUCGCACGGUAGCUAAAGUUAUCGAUGGCAUAGAGGAGGGUCACGAAUACGAGUUCAGAGUGGUAGCUGUCAACAGAGCUGGUCCUGGAGAACCUAGCGAUACCUCGAAGAGCGUUGUGGCCAAACCACGAUUCUUGGCGCCACGCAUCGAUCGCAAAAAUCUGCAGAAGAAAGUGAUGCGAGUCGGACAGUUGCUGCGAAUCGAAGCAGAUAUACAGGGUGAACCUCCUCCAGUUGUCACUUGGAAACUCAAAGACGCUGUGCUGAAAAGCAUGGAUCGUUUGAAGAUCGAAAACGAAGAUUAUCACACUACCUUCAUCAUGAGCAAAUUGCAAAGGUCCGAUGCCGGAACGUACACGGUGAUUGCGAAAAACGACAGUGGUACCGAUCAAGUCGACAUUGAAAUCCAAGUACUAAGCAAACCUGGCAAACCUAAAGGACCGCUCGAAGUAUCGAACGUGACCGCAGAAGGAUGCAAGCUGAAAUGGGAGAAACCCGACGACGACGGUGGCGAACCAGUGGAUCACUACGUGAUCGAGAGAAUGGACGUGGAUACCGGAAGAUGGGUGCCUUGUGCCACGAGCAAAACUCCGGAAGCAGAUGUCACUGGCCUGAACGAAGGAAAGGACUAUCUGUUUCGAGUUAAGGCCGUCAAUUCUGAAGGAGAAUCCGAACCCUUGGAAACGGCUAUUCCUACUACAGCGAAGAAUCCUUACACCGAACCCGAUGCUCCUGGCAAGCCAGAUCUCAAGGACUGGUCCAAGCAUCACGUCGACCUGAAAUGGAAAGCCCCGAAGAAAGACGGUGGAGCACCGAUCGAGAAGUACAUAAUCGAAAAGAAAGAUCAAUUUGGUAAAUGGCAAAAAGCGGCUGAAGUUCCUGGAAACAAAACGGAAGGUAGAGUCGAAGAUCUCGUGGAAGGACAAAAGUAUCAGUUCCGCGUAAAGGCAGUGAACAAAGGUGGCCAGAGCAAACCCAGCGAGCCAAGCGACAGUUUGGUUGCCAAGGAUCGUUACGCCGCGCCAAAGAUCGAUCGUACAAACCUGAAAGACAUCACGAUCAAAGCCGGUACCCACAUUCGAUUGGACGUGAAGGUCAGUGGCGAACCACCUCCAACGAAGACUUGGUAUCUGAACAAGGCGAAGCAGGAAACUGCCGGUGUCUUGACAAUCGAGUUGGAAGACUACAGAACAAAGUUCAUCGUGUCGUCGGCUAGCAGAGCUCACUGCGGCACUUUAACAUUGAAAGCGGAGAACAGCUCUGGAAAAGACGAGGCGUCCAUUGAAAUUCUGGUUCUGGACAAGCCUGGCAAACCGGAAGGCCCUCUGAAAGUGUCCGACGUGCACAAAGAAGGAUGCACGCUCAAAUGGAAUCCACCACUGGACGAUGGUGGUGCACCAUUAGAUCAUUACGUGGUCGAGAAAAUGGACACGGAAACGGGACGAUGGAUCCCCGUAGGACGCACCAAGGAACCCACCAUGGUCGUAGAAAAUCUGGUACCUGGUCAAGAGUACAAGUUCCGUGUUGCCGCCGUGAACGCGGAAGGUGAAUCGGAACCUUUGGAAACGGAUCAUGGAAUCGUGGCGAAAAAUCCAUUCGACGAGCCAGGUCCACCUGGUCGCCCAGAGGCAACCGAUUGGGACAAAGAUCACAUAGACCUAAGAUGGACUCCACCAUUGACCGAUGGUGGAUCUCCAAUCACUGGAUAUGUGAUCGAGAAGCGCGAAAAGGAUAGUCCACGCUGGAUAAAGGCUUGCGAAACCGGACCCGAUUGCAAGGGUCGCGUCGACAACCUCGACGAAGGCGUCGAGUACGAGUUCCGCGUAAAAGCUAUCAAUGCCGCUGGUCCUGGUGAACCCUCCGACGCCAGCAAGCCAAUUACAGCCAAGAGUCGACGACUCGCACCAAAGAUUGACCGAAAGAACUUGCGCGACAUCACGGUACGCGAGAACGAAGGAUUCCACUUCGACGUGAAAAUCAUUGGAGAACCACCACCAGACGUCACAUGGGUCAUCAACAACAAGAGUAUUCAACAGACAACGUUCCGUAGAAUACAAAACGUUCCGUACAACAGCAAAUUUUUCAAUGACAAACCCGAGCGAAAAGACAGUGGCAUGUACAAGAUAACAGCGGUGAAUCAAUAUGGAUCUGACACAGCUGAAGUCGAAGUCACCGUUGUCUCUAAACCCGGUAAACCCGAGGGACCGCUCGAAGUGUCGGACAUUCACAAAGAAGGAUGCACGCUCAAGUGGAAGAAACCAAAGGACGAUGGAGGUGAACCGAUCGAAGCGUACCUCGUGGAAAAGUUCGAUCCAGACACAGGUGUUUGGUUACCAGUCGGUAAGACAACUGCACCAGAGAUGAAGGUAGAAGGAUUGACACCUGGACACGAGUAUAAGUUCAGGGUGAAAGCGUUGAACAAGGAAGGAGAGUCGGAACCGUUGGAGACUUACAGUUCGAUCGUGGCUAAGGAUCCAUUCACUGUUCCAAGUCCUCCGGGAGCACCGGAACCGGUUGACUGGACUGCCAACCAGGUUGAACUGACUUGGAAAGAACCUGUCAGCGACGGUGGUUCGCCAAUCACCGGGUACAUAAUCGAAAAGAAGGAUAAGUACAGUACAAUGUGGGAGAAGGCAGUGGAAAUCGAGACACCCAGCACGAAAGCUUUGGUCCAUGGUUUGAUCGAGGGCAACGACUACCUGUUCCGAGUAAUAGCCGUGAACAAAGCUGGUCAAUCGGAACCAGGAGAUGCCAGCAAAACGUUUACGGCUAAGCCACGUUUCUUGGCACCGAAGAUUGAUCGUCGCAAUCUACGGGACGUCACCCUGUCGGCUGGUUCCUUGCUGAGAUUUGACGCUAACGUAAUCGGCGAACCACCGCCACACAUCGAGUGGCGAUACGGAGCCAUACCUCUGCACUCGGAUAGAAAAGUGCAAAUCGACAAUUCAGAGUACAGUACCAAGUUCAGCAUUCGUCCCGUGUCGCGCGACGACAGCGGUGAUUAUACCGUCACGGCAAGCAAUUCAUCCGGAAGAGACUCUGUCACGGUACAAGUCACAGUCACCGAUAAACCGAUGCCGCCCGAAGGACCGCUUCAAGUCACGGACGUUCACAAAGAGGGAUGCAAACUCAAGUGGAAGAGACCGAAAGACGACGGUGGUACUCCCAUCGAGUACUACCAAGUCGAUAAAAUGGAUCCAGAGACUGGAUGCUGGGUGCCUUGCGGUCGCUCUACCGAACCUCUUCUGGAGGUGACGGGAUUGACACCAGGCAAGGAAUAUUUGUUCCGUGUAAGUGCGGUAAAUGCCGAAGGGGAGUCGAAACCUCUGGAAGCGGAACAGGCGAUCUUAGCCAAGAAUCCAUAUGACGAACCAGGUAAACCUGGCGAUCUACGAGUCACCGAUUGGGACAAGGACCACGUCGAUCUCAAAUGGACUCCGCCCGAGAGCGACGGUGGCUCGCCUGUCACGGGAUACAUCAUUGAAAAGAAAGACAAAUACGGUGAAUGGGAAAAAGCUCUCGAAGUGCCGGCGGACGAAACCUCGGCAACUGUUCCCGACUUGAUAGAAGGCCAACCGUACGAGUUCCGUGUACGAGCAGUAAACAAAGCUGGCCCCGGCGAGCCUUCCGAUGCGACGCCAACAAUCAUUGCCAAACCGCGAAACCAAGCACCCAGGAUCGAUCGUACCAAUCUGGUGGAGGUCAGAAUCAAAGCUGGUCAGAAUUUCAGCUUCGACGUGAAGGUUACCGGUGAACCUCCACCAACCACCAAAUGGACGUUGGGCAAACGCGAGGUCAGGCCAACCGAUCGCAUCAAAGUCAAACACGUCGAUUACAACACCACCCUCAGCGUCAGAAUGGCAACCAGAGCUGAAUCUGGCAAAUACACGAUCACAGCUGAGAACAUAAAUGGCAUGGACGAGGCAGUGGUCAAAGUGACGGUCCUAGACAAACCCAGCCCACCUCAAGGACCGCUAAGAGCAUCGGACGUGCACGCCGAAGGAUGUAAACUAAAUUGGAAACCUCCGGAAGACGACGGCGGUCAACCGAUCGAAAAGUACGUCGUCGAAAAGAUGGACGAAACGACCGGUCGCUGGGUACCAGCAGGUGAAACCGACGGACCCGAGACGUCUCUUCAAGUAGACGGGCUCACUCCUGGUCACAAAUACAAGUUUAGAGUACGAGCGGUUAACAAACAAGGCAAAUCGGAACCGCUCACGGCUAUGCAAAGCGUCGAAGCAAAGAAUCCAUUCGACGAACCAGGAAAGCCUGGCACGCCAGUCGUCAGCGAUUACGACUCUGACUUUGUCGAACUUCAAUGGGAUCGUCCUCAAGAAGACGGCGGUUCACCCAUUACUGGUUACAUUAUAGAGAAGCGAGACAAAUACAGCCCUACUUGGGAGAAAUGCGCGGAAGUCGAGGGUGACGUGAAUCGUGGAAAAGUCAAUGACCUUGUCGAAGGCACCCAUUAUGAAUUCCGUGUUAGAGCGGUGAACAAAGCUGGACCGGGUGAACCGUCCGACGCUUCUAAAUCCCACUUGGCGCGUCCUAAGAAUCUUCCACCAAAGAUCGACAGGAAGUACAUGUUGGACGUGAAAGUAAAAGCUGGUGGUUUCUACGACUUCGACGUUCCGGUAAUCGGUGAGCCACCUCCAACCAAGGAAUGGUCGCUAAAGGGUACGGUCAUUAUACCGACCGAUCGUAUCAAAAUCGUUAACGAAGAUUACAACACCAAAGUUCGCGUAAUGGAAGCAAAACGUUCCGAUUCUGGCGUAUACACGUUGGAGGCCAAGAACAUCAACGGCAGAGACAGCGCUACGCUAACCGUGAACGUUCUCGAUGUGCCAUCUCCGCCGGAGGGUCCGUUGAAGAUCGACGGCGUGACAAAGAACGGUUGCAACUUGAAGUGGCGAGCACCGAAAGACGACGGUGGCUCGGAGAUACAAUAUUACCAGGUGGAGAAGAUGGACACAGAAAAUAUGCGAUGGGUACCGGUAGCAGAAGCAACGACCACCUACGCUCACGUCGAUCAUCUGAUCGAAGGACACGACUAUCAAUUCCGCGUACGUGCCGUAAACAAACAAGGAGAAUCUCAACCACUUACCGGUAUGGAUACGAUUACUGCUAAAGAUCCAUUUGAUAAACCUGACAAACCGGGAGCACCUGUCGCCACCGACUGGGACAAGGAUCGUGUCGACCUGGAGUGGGCAGCACCGAAGAAAGACGGCGGUUCACCCAUAACUGGAUACAUUAUCGAGAAACGACCACGUUUCGGACAAUGGGAGAAGGCGCUCGAGAUCGACGGAAAUAAGACUAACGCUAGAGUACCGGAUCUGAUUGAAGGUCAAGAGUACGAGUUCAGAGUCAUCGCUGUGAACAAAGCUGGUCCUGGUGAACCCUCGGAAGCUUCUGCUCCGAUCGUCGCCAAACCACGAUUCCUUGCCCCAUCUUUCGACCCGCACCUACUGAACGACCUUGUCGUUCGAGCUGGACAGAAGAUCAGCUACAUCAUUCCCAUCCAAGCUUCGCCUAAGCCUGUGGCCACGUGGUCGCUGGAAGGAGCAGUAAUCAUGGCCGAUUCUCGUCACGAAAUGUACACUACUCACACCGAAACUACCUUUGAGAUACCAUUCUCCGUUCGCUCCGAUACCGGUCGAUACACAUUGACCCUCGAAAACGAUCAAGGAAAAUUCAGCGCGAGCGCUAGAGUCACUGUUCUGGACAGACCUUCACCACCACAGAAACCGCUACAAAUUAGCAAUAUUACCAAAGAAGGUUGUCAUUUGACUUGGGGUCAUCCGGCGGACGACGGAGGUAGUCCCAUCUUGCACUACAUUAUCGAAAAGAUGGACCUGUCUCGAGGCACGUGGUCCGAUGCUGGCAUGAGCACGAUACUGAGCCACGAAGUAGCCCGACUGACGCAUCGCAAGGAGUAUCUGUUCCGAGUUAAGGCUGUUAAUUCCAUAGGAGAAUCCGAUCCGCUCGAAGCACCCAAGAGCAUCGUAGCCAAGAACGAAUUCGACGAACCGGACGCACCUGGAAAGCCACAGAUUACGGAUUGGGACAAAGAUCACGUGGAUCUGAAGUGGCCAGCGCCGGGCAGCGACGGUGGCUCUCCGAUCACAGGAUACAUUGUUCAAAAGAAAGAGAAGGGUAGUCCUUACUGGGUUAACGCCGUCCACGUACCACCUAAUCAGACAAGCGCAACCGUUCCCGACUUAACGGAAGGACAAGAAUACGAAUUCCGUGUGAUCGCGGUGAACGCAGCCGGACAAUCGGAACCAUCCGAACCGAGCGACCUCAUCACUGCGAAACCUCGUUACCUGGCUCCAAAGAUCAAGACGCCUUUGCAAGAUAUCCGCAUCAAGGCUGGCCUCAUCUUUCACGUUGACAUUGAUUUCGUCGGUGAACCAACGCCGGAAGUCAGUUGGACCGUAGGAAGCCAAGAACUGCAAACGACCGAAAGGACGACCGUUACUUCGAUCGGUUAUCACACCAUCGUUCAUACCGUUAAUGCUCAACGAUCCGAUUCUGGCCUGUAUCACCUGUUGCUGAAGAACAGCAGCGGAAUAGACGAAGGUAGUUUCCAGGUGAUCGUUCUCGACAGACCAGGCCCGCCAGAGGGUCCUUUGCAAUACGAAGAGAUCACGAGCCAGUCGGUUACUUUGUCCUGGAAACCACCAAAGGAUAACGGCGGUAGCGAAAUUACUGGAUACGUAAUCGAGAAACGUGAUCUGACUCACGGUGGUGGCUGGGUACCAGCGGUAACCCACGUUAAUCCCAAGUACAACCACGCCACCGUUCCAAGAUUGCUCGAAGGUACCACGUACGAGUUCAGAGUGUCCGCAGAAAAUCUUCAAGGACGUUCCGAGCCGCUGACCACCGACCACUCGGUCGUCGCUAAGAACCAAUUCGUUGCACCUGGACAGCCUGGCAAGCCAGAAUGCGUCGACGCAGACAAGGAUCACAUAAAGAUCAGAUGGACAGCGCCCAUCAGCAACGGUGGAUCGAAGAUCAUCGGUUACGACGUGGAGCGUCGCGACCGUGCAACCGGUCGCUGGCUGAAGUUGAACAAAGAGCCUGCGAGGUACGCUGAAUAUUACGAUGAUCACGUAACCGAGGGUCACCAAUACGAGUACCGUGUCACGGCUAUAAAUGCCGCCGGAGCAGGCAAACCUAGCGACACCUCUGCGGUGUUUAUCGCGAAACCGAUGAAAGAGAAGCCAAAGUUGAAUCUCGACGCACUGAUAGGACGUAGGAUCAAAGUUCGUGCCGGAGAACCGAUCAACGUUAACAUUCCAUUGUCCGGUGCUCCAACGCCUACCAUCGAAUGGACCAAAGACUCAAAGCCUCUCGUCGAGACUUUGCGAAUCACUACCGAAACGAAGAGCGACCGCACAAACUUGUCGAUCGAGAAGUCGGUACGGGAAGACGGUGGUCUUUACACGAUUACGGCAACGAACGAGCACGGCAAAGAUUCAGCCGACAUCGAGGUGAUCGUGGUAGACAGACCAGGACCACCCCAAGGUCCUCUUCAAUACACUGGCACUACUCAAGAGUCCGUAUCUUUGUCCUGGAACCGACCACUGGACGAUGGCGGAUCCGACAUUACCAACUACAUCGUCGAAGUAUCGGACUACGGUGCAGACAAUUGGCGUCAAACUCCUGGAUAUUGUCCGAGAACCAGCUACACUGCAAAAGGACUCACCGAGGGCAAAAAGUAUGUCUUCAGGGUACGAGCGGAGAACAUGUACGGUGUUUCGGAACCGUUGGAAGGGAAACCAGUUAUCGCCAAGAGUCCGUACGAUCCACCAGAUGCGCCCAGUCAACCCGAAAUUCUUGGCUACACACCCAACAGCUGCAGUCUCCUCUGGACCCCACCGGUUAAUACCGGUGGCAAGCCUAUCACUGGAUAUUACGUGGAGAGGCGUGAACGCGGUGGCGAAUGGCUGAAAGUUAACAACUAUCCAACUCCAAAUACAACCUUUACCGUGCAAGACCUUCACGAAGGAUCGAAAUACGAAUUCCGAGUGAUUGCUGUUAACGAAGCAGGACCUGGUAAACCUAGCAAGCCUACCGAACCGAUCACUGCUGGACAUCAACGUCUACGUCCUGAUGCUCCCGAGCCACCGAAACCCGACAGAAUAACGAAGGAUUCCGUGACGCUUAGCUGGCGCCCACCGCGCAACGACGGUGGUGCCAAGAUCAGAGGCUACAUAAUCCAGAAGAAGACAAGAGCUCAGGACGAAUGGGACGACGUAAACGGUGCACUGAUACCAACGAACGUUUACACGGUGCCGAAACUGACCGAAGGCGAAGAGUAUCUGUUCAGGGUGAUCGCGGUGAACGAUGUCGGCAAGAGCGAUCCGAGUCGCGCGAGCAAUCCGAUCGUUAUCGAGGAACAACCCAACAAACCGGUCAUGGAUCUUGGUGGAGUUCGCGAUAUCACCGUUCGUGCAGGCGAAGAUUUCUCUAUUCACGUGCCUUACAUCGGUUUCCCGAAACCCACUGCCACCUGGUUCGCUAACGACGUUAUCAAAGAUGAAAGCGACUCACGAGUACACCAACAGUUGGGUGAUGACUAUGCUAGCUUGGUGGUAAAGAAUUCGAAGCGUUCGGAUGGCGGUCAGUACCGUCUGCAGCUACGCAAUUCUUCCGGCUUCGACACGGCCACUGUGAACGUUAAAGUUCUCGAUCGUCCGAAUCCUCCAGUGAAUCUCCAUGCCGACGAAUUUGGCGGAGACGCUCUCACUCUCUUCUGGAAUCCACCAAAAGACAACGGUGGCGCCGAUAUUACCAACUACGUGGUCGAGAAACGAGAACCAAAAGGCACGUGGUCGAAGGUUAGCAGCUACAUCACAACACCGUUCGUUCGGGUAAGGAACCUGAUGGUGGGAAGCAUGUACGAAUUCCGGGUGAUGGCUGAGAAUCAAUACGGCACCUCGGAUCCUGUCACGACGAUGGAUCCGAUCAAGGCCAGACAUCCGUUCGAUCCACCUGGAGCGCCUGGAACUCCAAGAGGCGUCGAAACUACCGAAGACAGCAUCACGAUUACCUGGACCAAGCCUCGUCACGAUGGUGGCUCUCCUAUUCUUGGAUACGUUAUCGAGAAACGUCUACUGAGCGAGGACAAAUGGGUGAAAGCCACCCCGUCUCUCGUUCACGAGACUACUUAUAGAGUAACUGGAUUGAUCGAAAAUCACGAUUACGAGUUCCGCGUAGCGGCUGAAAAUGCAGCUGGCCGUGGACCAUGGAGUUCCAAUUCCGACGUGAUCAGAGCCAGCGCACCGCCUUUCCCACCAAAGAUCACGUCCGAUCUGAGCAUUCGCGACAUGACGGUGAUUGCCGGAGAACCGUUCACGAUAACGGUUCCAUACACGGCAAAUCCAAAACCAAGACCAAGCUGGUCCAUCAACGGCGAAGAAGUCCUUACCGGAGAUAGGAUCAAAUUUGAUACCACGGACGUCGCCUCGCAAUUCAUCAACAAGAAAGCCAAGAGAUCCGACACGGGAACUUACACGAUUUAUCUGACGAACACCGUUGGCACAGACUCUGCUUCCUGCAAGGUUCUCGUUGUCGACAAACCAUCACCGCCGCAAGCACCUCUCGAUAUAUCCGACAUCACUCCCGAAACCUGCACGUUGUCUUGGAAACCACCGUUCGACGAUGGUGGUUCACCUGUCACGAAUUACGUUGUCGAGAAAUUGGAUCCGGCUGGCUAUUGGGUAAAACUGAGCAGUUUCGUAAGGAACACUCACUACGACGUGAUCGGUUUGGAACCGAAUCGCACGUACAACUUCCGUGUUCGCGCGGAGAACCAGUACGGAAUAUCGGAUCCGUUACAAGCCGACGAACCGAUCACCGCCAAAUUCCCAUUCACGGUGCCCGAACCACCUGGACAACCGCGCGUUAUCGAUUGGGACACGUCGAACGCGACAGUGGUAUGGACUCGACCCAUAUCCGACGGUGGAUCUCGUAUUCAGGGUUACAAGAUCGAAUUCCGCGAUCCUGCCGACGAUGCCCAAUGGCGAGUGGCAAACGACUACCUGGUCAAAGAUACAACUUACAUCUGUUACAAUCUGUUGAGUGGUCACGAGUAUGAGUUUAGAAUAAGAGCAAAGAACGCUGCCGGCUUUAGCAAGCCUAGUCCACCUUCGGCGCCAUUCAAAUUGAAGAGCAAGUUCAACGUACCUUCGCCUCCUGGAACACCACAGGUAGUUAAAGUUGGCAAGAACUACGUUGACCUGAAAUGGGAGGCUCCGGUAUCGGACGGUGGCAGCCGCAUCACUGGUUACAUAAUCGAGAAACGCGAAGUCGGAAGCGCUCUUUGGGCAAAGUGCAACGAGUACAACGUGACCGAUACCGAGUACACCGUUUUGCAUCUGAUCGAGCGCGGCGACUACGAGUUCCGUAUCUUUGCGGUGAACGCUGCAGGAAGAUCCGAGCCGAGCUCUUGCACCACACCCGUCAAGAUCUGCGAGGUCGAAGGUGGGGAGAAACCAGAAUUUAUCAGGACUCUGCCGAUCAGUCAACACACACCGCUCGGAAAGAUGCUGGUACUCGAAUGCGAAGCUACCGGAAAGCCUUUGCCAACCGCCAGGUGGCUGAAGAACGGCAGAGAGAUCACGAUCGGUGGUCGUUUCCGAACAGAGGCGUUUGACGGUAUCUACAGGUUGAUUAUAUCAGAAGUAUGGGACGCGGACGCUGGCGAUUACAGUUGUCAAGUAUCGAAUCCGCUCGGUAUAGCUACGACAACGUGUUGGUUGAAGAUCGGUACUCCGCCUCGCAUCGAGCGCAUGCCGGAUGACUUGUACCUAGCCGAAGGAGAUAACACCAAGAUCAAGAUUUAUUACAGCGGCGAUCAACCGAUGGACGUUACUUUGAAAAAAGACGGGCACAAAGUGGUCGAAACUGGUCAUCUCAAGUACACGGUGUUCGACGAGUAUCUGAUCAUCUUUAUAAAGGAUAUUCUAAAGGAGGACGCUGGCGUUUACGAUCUGUCAAUCUCGAACGACAGCGGUAGCGUGAGCGGUUCCUUCAACGUCUACAUCACCGGUCUACCCGGACCGCCAACAGGACCUCUCGACGUCUCGGACAUUAAUAAACACACUUGCACACUUUCCUGGCAUCCACCGAAAUUCGACGGCGGUUUACGCGUUACUCACUACGUGGUCGAGCGUCGCGACGUCAGCCACACACACUGGAUCAUCGUCUCCUCUUUCUGCAAGGACACCACCUUCAUGGUGCAAGGUCUGACAGAAGGACAGGAGUACCUAUUCCGCGUAAUGGCGGUGAACGACAACGGAAUGGGACCUCCGCUCGAGGGUACCAAUCCGAUCAAAGCCAAGGCACCGUUCGAUCCUCCGGGUCCUCCGGGAACCCCAAAGGUGAUCGAAGUCGGUGGAGACUUUGUGAACCUUUCGUGGGAGAAGCCAGAGACGGACGGCGGUUCGAAGAUCCAAGGCUACUGGAUCGACAAACGAGAAGCCGGCAGCCAAACCUGGCAACGGGUCAACAUCGUUAUCUGCCUGCCGACUCAGAUCAAUAUCAGCAAUCUAAUCGAAGGAAGACAGUACGAGUUCCGCGUGUUCGCACAGAACGCCGCUGGUCUCGGUCCAGAAUCGAAAGCUUCGACCUCGGUGAAGAUCACCGAUCCUCAAGCGGCCAAACCACCGGAAGUCAUUCAACCGUUGCACAAAGUCAACUGCGUGCAAUAUCACAACGCGCAAUUCCAGUGCAAGAUCAUCGGUACACCGAAGCCGACGAUCACAUGGUUCAAGGGAGCACGCGAGAUCGUCAGCGGUUCCCGAUACAACAUAUACUCGGAGGGCGACAUGCACUAUCUGAUAAUCCACGACGUCUUCGGCGAAGACGCGGACGAGUACUUCUGCCGAGCGGUGAACAAGUGUGGCGUGAAAUCAACCAAAGGCGAAUUGUUGAUCAAGACACCGCCGAAACUGAACGUACCGCCUCGUUUCCGAGACACAGCCUUCUUCGACAAGGGCGUCAACGUCGUGAUCAAGAUUCCGUUCACCGGUUACCCGAAACCAAAGAUCAGCUGGGUCAGAGAAGGCGAGGUGAUCGAAUCCGGAGGACACUACACCGUCGAGGUGAAAGAGAGACACGCGGUCCUCACCAUCAUAGACGGAAGUCGAAUCGAUUCAGGUCCUUAUCGCAUCACUGCCGAAAACGAUUUAGGCCAAGACACAGCCAUCAUCAAGAUUCAGAUCAGCGAUCGUCCAGACCCGCCCAGAUUCCCACAAGUGGACAACAUUGGCCACGACUCGUUGGCCCUCAGCUGGAAACCACCGGUCUGGGACGGCGGCAGCAACAUCACCAAUUAUCUGGUCGAGAAGAGAGAACAUCCGAUGACCAGCUGGAUCCGAGUCGGAAAUACCAGAUUCUGCACGAUGGCGGUUACCGGACUCAGUCCUGGCCAUCAAUACGACUUCAGAAUUUCCGCGGAGAACAUUUACGGCCGAUCGGACCCGAGCGAAGUAACGCCUCUGAUCACCACCAAAGGCACCGUCAAGAGGGAGUUCAAGAAGAAGGAAUACCCGGUGGACGAGUCCGGCAAGAAGAUUCGCGGACGAAGCGACGAGAAACCACGGGACUACGACCAAUUCGUGUUCGAUGUUUACAGCAAGUACGUGCCGCAGCCGGUUGAAAUCAAACACAUCUCGGUCUACGAUAGAUACGACAUUCUCGAAGAAAUUGGAACCGGCGCGUUCGGCGUGGUUCACCGUUGUCGCGAGCGAGCCACCGGUAACAUCUUUGCCGCCAAAUUUAUCCCCGUAUCCCACGCGAUGGAGAAGGAACUGAUCAGGAAGGAAAUCGAUAUAAUGAAUCAAUUGCAUCAUCCGAAACUGAUCAAUCUUCACGACGCGUUCGAGGACGACGACGAAAUGGUGUUGAUAUUCGAAUUCUUAUCCGGCGGUGAACUGUUCGAAAGAAUCACGGCGGAAGGUUAUACCAUGUCGGAAGCCGAAGUGAUCAACUACAUGAGACAGAUUUGCGAGGCUGUAAAACAUAUGCACGAAAAGAACAUCAUACAUCUAGACAUCAAGCCCGAAAACAUCAUGUGCCAGACCCGAAACAGUACCAACGUGAAAUUAAUUGACUUUGGUUUGGCGACGAAACUCGACCCGAACGAGGUUGUUAAGAUCAGCACCGGUACGGCAGAAUUUGCUGCUCCUGAAAUCGUUGAACGCGAACCAGUCGGCUUCUACACGGACAUGUGGGCUUGCGGUGUACUAGCCUACGUUUUGUUGAGCGGUCUGUCGCCGUUUGCCGGAGACAACGACAUCGAAACUCUGAAGAACGUUAAAGCCUGCGACUGGGACUUUGACGAAGAGGCAUUCCGCGACGUGUCCGAAGAAGGCAAGGACUUUAUCAGGCGGCUGCUCGUCAAGAACAAAGAGAAACGUAUGACCGCUCACGAGUGUCUCCUGCAUCCAUGGUUAACCGGUGAUCACAGUAAUCGUACUACUCCAAUUUCGAGCAGUCGAUACCUCAGAUUCAGGGACAGACUGCGAGCCAAGUACGAGAAUUGGGACAAAUACGUGCUUCCUAUCGGCCGAUUAGCCGAAUACUCUUCGCUGAGGAAAUUGUUGAUCGAGAAAUACAAGAUUUACGAUUCCUGUUUCGAUCGACGACAAGCAGCGCCAAGAUUUGUCAUCAAACCUACCAGCGCGUUCGCGUACGAGGGACAGAGCGUGAAAUUCACUUGCCGCGUGAUCGCGAUCGCCGCUCCGACCCUUACGUGGUUCCACAACAACCAGGAACUCCGACAAUCUGUCAAGUUUAUGAAACGAUACCACGGCGACGACUACACCUUCAUCAUCAACAGAGUGAAACUAGAGGACAGAGGAGAAUACGUGAUCAGAGCGGAGAAUCAUUAUGGUUACAGAGAAGAAGUCGUCUUCCUGAACGUGCAACCGCUGCCUGUUCAGAUCCCGAAAUACAGACCAGAACUGCAUCCAGUCCGAAGGAGAGAACCGCUUGGCUACAACGUUUGGAUGGAAACGAUCGAAUCGGCACCGAGCUUCACCUUCUUGCUUCGGCCGCGUGUCAUUCAAGUCAGACAAACGUGCAAACUUCUCUGUUGCUUGAGCGGUAAUCCACCCCCGACGGUUAAAUGGUACAAGGACAGAGAAGAACUCUCGAAACAUCAUUAUGCGAUGACGAACGCGGACGGUGUGGUCACGAUGGAAAUAAUCGACUGUAAACCAGAAGACAGCGGCAAAUACCGUUGCGUCGCGUCGAACAAACACGGAAAGGAUGAAACCAGCUGCGUGGUCAUUGUCGAAGGCACCGGGGAAACCGAGGAGCAAGUUAAAUUAGCGCACGACCUCCUACAUUCCGGAGAUCGAAGAUUCAUCGAACAACCGUUGAAACCAGCACCACCGCCGAUCAUAACGGUACACAAAGCCAGCGGAUACAGUGGAUACAGUUCCACCACCACGCAGGGUCAUAAUUAUAAUAGUACUACCACCAAACAUAAUUCCACUACUUCCUCUUCAUCCUCCUAUAAAGCCACAGACUCCAGUACAGACAAACGAAGCGUCAAGAAAUAUGGACUCGAUGCCACAGGCAGCCCAUCCCGCUCUAGGAGUACGACCAAAGAACUAGCUUAUCCACCCGACGAUUCGAUGAGACCGCCGCAGUUUACAAAACAAUUGAGCGAUCUGACGAUCGGUGACGGAGAACAAUUGGAACUCAGCGCGAAAGUUGACGGUGAUCCAGAACCACAAAUUACCUGGUUAAAGAAUGGCAAGACAUUAAGCUCGUCAGAGAUCAUGAGUCUGAAAUACAAAGCCGGAGUUGCCACUCUCAUUAUCAACGAAGUCUUCCCCGAAGACGAAGGCGAAUUCACGUGUCAGGCGAGUAACAGUAUCGGUACUGUAACUACCUCUUGCAAGUUGACCAUAAAACCGAUGACGAAUGCAGCGGCAAAGAAAAAGACGGACGACAAACCUCCACAAAUCGUGGACCAUUUAACGAGCAUGUUCGUAAAGGACGGCGAGGCCGUCCUCUUGAGCUGUCGAAUAAUAGGCGCGAAGAAAUUCGACGUGGUCUGGCUUCACAAUAACAAGGAGAUCAAACCUAGCAAGGACUUCCAAUACAGCAACGAGGCCAACAUCUAUAAACUGAACAUAGCCGAAAUCUUCCCCGAAGAUUCUGGUACUUACACCUGCGAGGCAUUCAAUGACGCAGGAGAGAGCUUCUCGUCGUGCACAUUAAAUGUACUUGUUCCAAACGAGGAACCGAAAAGUCCAGUUUUCACGACAUUCCCAAAAUCUGCAACGAUAGGCGAAGGCGAAUCGGUUACAUUCGUAUGCAAGACUGAAACCGCGCCUCUGAAAGUAACGUGGCUGAAAGACGGAAAAGCGCUCCCAGAAACCAGCAGCAGGUAUCUCUUCAGUUCAGACGGUGACAAAUCGUUCGAGUUGCGUAUUAAAGCGUGCACGGCCAGCGACGUGGGUCAGUACGUUGCUCGCGCGAUCGGCAAAAAGGGUGAAACCAAUGCUGCUUUUGCCCUAAACGUUACAAGUGCUAACGAACUGUGAAUUCACUGAUUUCGUACGUGAACAAAUCGCAACGCGACAAAGUUGGCAUCCACAACGUUAUCGAGAGAAAAUCAUGUAAAAAUGGACUGUACAAAUUUGUGACUCGCAAAUGAACGCGAUCAUAAAGAACGUGACGCUCGUGUAUAAAUGAGAAAUUGAGAAAACUAUUGUAUUUGCACUGUUCUAUAUGUAAAUUAUCCUUGGAACGCUGUACUUUCUUUUUGUGUGUUUAUCAUAUCGCAAAAACAAAAAAAUCAUGUCGUUAUAUGGUGAAGAAUAUGGCCAAGAAUCCAAAGCGUUAAAGAAUACGGAUAGCACGCGCAAUCUAUUACGCUAAUACGAGCUUUGCUGUAUACACGAAUUAGCAUAUUUUAAGUACAUACAAUAAUACAUAACGGCAGUACGAAAGGUAAGUCGAACCAGCAAUGAGUUCGUUGUAGCCCGUCCCGGCAAGAUAGCCAGCAUCCUCGUCUAUUAGAACGUUAAAUAACAUCUUAUCCUGCCUGGACGACUAUAAUACGAAAUAAUUGACAGUACUGCCGUAAUGUACGUCCUUAUUCCAUGUAAUCGUACGCACCGUCGUGUUAUACAUGUUUGAAGACUGCUUCCGUUACAAAAUUUACGAUAAAUAGAAAAUGAUUCUCAAAUAUAAAA